AUGGCUACAACAACGCGAGCAGCGACAACAAUUCUUCCGCUGGAGCUGGGCGACAUAUCCGAUGAGCGUAGGGAGCAGCUGGAGCUUCGGAGGCAGCGAGAGAUGGCUCGGCAGCAGGAGUCCCGGUCGGGCACCGGCAGUUUUCGAUGGUCGCCCAUUGCCAUGAUUCCGGCGCACCUCUGCGUACUCGUGUUUCUAGUCUUUCUGCUGGAGAAACUCGAGGGGGGUAUUGGUUGGCCUUGGGCCGCGGUGCUUUCGCCGCUAUGGAUAACGGACGCCGUGUUCAUCGUCAUCAAGUCCAAGGAGCUCCGCAAAAUCUUGAGGACGACGGUGCACGUGCCGAGCGAAACUUACGCUCUCUUUCCGCCGCUGGGAGGGAUAAUUGACCACCUUGGUGUUGCUGCCGCGAAGGUCACCCUUGCUUAUCGCCUGGAGGGCAAGGUGGACUGGUCGCUGCUGCUGCUCUUCACGCCCAUGUGGGCGUGCGUUUUACUGGCGGGGACGCUGCGAUGCAUCACCCCGCCCCACCCCCAGGUGAUAGCCGAGCACGCUUCCCUUCACCGUGCGGGGGCGUUUUUCACCGGCCUCUUUCACCUUGUUGCUCGAGGAGCACAACCAGUGUUGAUCGUGCUAAAGGUGGACGGGCAGUUGGAAGGCCCGUGGUCAUCCGUGUUCAUUCCGCUGUGGAUGUUCAUGGGGGCGAUCGCGCUGGGGGGCUCCGCGCUGUGCUGUUGUGCUCCUACGGUGUCCCGGGGGGUUAUUCCCGAGAUCAGGCCGCUACUGAUCCGGGGAAUGUUGCUGUGCAGCGUGGGGACGUUCAGCCUGGCGUUCUGCGCCCUGCUGUUUUUGGUGUUCUUGACGCUCGAGCUAGACAACAACGAGAACUUCUCUCCGAGAACGAUCUUGGCCCCGCUCAUCGCGCUCUACGCCCUCAUCUUGGUCUUCCUGCCGCUGCUGCUGCUGGUGACGCGGCACUACGUUAGGACAAUGCGUACCGCCGAAGAGCAAUUCCGGCAAGCGAACGACCCGAACGGCGGCGGCGGAAUGGACGCGAGCUCCACCGCGUUUGGAGGCGUCGACGAUGUCGAGGCGGGAAGAGGGGUCAGGGGCAGCCCGCCCAUUGGUGGGGCGGAGGAGGAGGAAGGGGCGGGGACUGGGCCGGAGGGGGGUAGGCGACGACGACGGAGGGGGUCCUCGGUGAUGGCUCCCACGAUUCUCAUGCGAGAGAGCUCGAUGCUGUUUCGUAGGGCGUCUGCGUCGUUUUGCCGCCGCCUGGGGGAAGCGGACGGGUCGCUGAUGAACCCCGACGUUACGGCCUUUGAGGUAAGAUUUCGUGCUGUUGAGUUGGCCGACUGGGGUAGAAGAGGCGGUCGCUUUAGGUCCCGCGACUCCGACAUCGCCGCUAUCGACGACGGAGGAGGGAGCGAGGAGAGGGGGGAGAGGGUGCCGCAGCGUUCAUCGAGGAGUUUCCACGUGCUGCAAGACUGUUUCCCGCAUGCUAGAGGGGCGGUGCGGAGGGGGGGACAGAGGUUUACGGCUGCUGUGACGGGCAGUUCGAGUCGGGAGGGUCACGAGAGAUUUUCGGUCUCGUCGGGACGGCAGCUAGCGGGCGCGGAAAAGGAGGGAUCGCCGAGGCCCCGAGGGGAGGACGGGGCUACCUCUAAGCGUACUCCGGAGGACGAUCGUCAUGACCAGUGCCUGCUACCUGGAGACUCCGGUACCCACUCCGUCACUGACAGUUACGACCUGAACAGCUUCGGCAGCUUCGUCGACUCGGACGAAGAUAGCCACGAGGUGGGACUAUCGAUCGAUGGCGACGAGGAAGACGAACCCAGGGACGGCGGCGGCGGUGGCGGUGCAAUAGACGGCUCUUCCUUCCACGAAUCGUUGCCCGCGACAACCACAGAGCCCCCCGAAAUUCUCCUAGGGUUCGGAAGCGCUCACGGAGCCGCGGCCUUUUCGCUCCACGGGGGGAGCGGCAGCGGCCACGGCCUUUGCCACGGAUCUGCGGCGGCGGCGGGGGCCGGGGCCUGGGCCGGGGCGGGGGCAGGCGGCGGCGGUCUGGCGACAUCCCGACAUAGAUGGAGCGCGGAGCGCGGCACCAGUAGCAGACGGGGGGCGGGUUCAAGCAUCCACGGCGGCGCCGGCGGCAUGCCGAGGAGGUUAAGCUGGCCCGGGGAGUUGUCCCUGGCAUCGGUGGGCGGGGACGAAGUAGAUGUUGCCGCCGUGACGGCGAGCGACGCAGAGGCGGGACGUGGCGGGGUGGCGACCGGCGGUAGUUCCGGUCCCCUCGCGGCGGCGGCGGCGGCGGCGGCGCCGUCGCGCCGAGAGCACUCGACGUGCUACAUCUGCUGCGAGCGGAGGGCGGACGCGGUGAUGAUGGAGUGUGGGCACGGAGGCGUGUGCUUCACGUGCGCGACUACACUCGCGGACUCGCCCCCGCACCUCUGCCCAGUCUGCCGGAAGGUCAUCCAGGAGGUCUUCAAGCUCCACGAGAUACGGGAGUUUGGCAGGGUCGUGGUUGUGCCGCCCGCUAGCGGGGGAGAGGUAGCGGUGGCGACGGCGGCGACGGCGGCGACGCCAAGAAGAGGGGGCAUCGGGGGGGAGUUGAAGGUGCCAGAAAGCGAGGGCGACCCGCCGACGGCCUCAAACGCGGCAGUCGGCGCCGCCGGGCUGUUGACCCCUUCUACCUCGGUCCCUGCCCCUCCCUCCGCCUCCGCCUCUUCCAUGCCAGUACCGGGUGGCGUUUAUGUCCAGCGGAGUGGAGACGCCCCCGCUGGGGUAGCGUCUUCGACGGCAAGGCGGGGUUUCUCCCCUUCUGGCCCCGUCUCGUCGCCGGAGUCAGGGCCGCGAAAUACCUUGGAGGCGCAGGGAAUGUGCGACGAAAGCAACUGGUUAGACCCGGUGUGAAGCGUUAGGGCGCGCACCGUAAGGCCUGGCAGCAGCAGCAGGUAGGUUCCCGCGGGCGGUUUUAACCUCACUCUUAAGUCGUGUGAACGUGAGGAGGCGCUUGGCGCCCGACGUGGGUUGUGUUUUGUGCGGAGGGUGUACCGGCUGCUUCAAUGACACCAGCACGCAGGGUUUUUGCGAACGUGUAUCGUUCGUCUGAAGGCAUUGCGACAGGGCAGGGAGACAACAGCGGUCCAAAACUUGUUCGCACGUCACUGUUGCCCUCUGUGUGGCUGGCUGCCUCGUCGUGAAGUGCGUGUUUGUGUGCCGAAAGCACCCGGGUGUGGCUGAGGCGUCUUUGCGCAAAACCGCCACUCGUUUUGUCGACGAGUACUAGAAAGGAGUUCUGUGAGGUCUGUUUUGGGGGACGGGGGCGGGGGUCGUGAUGUAGAGAACUGGGGGUUUGGUAGUGUUGACAACUGCUGCCGUGUUAGCCUCGUCGUCGUCUUGAUUAUUUGAUUCCAGCAAGAUUCCCGCUGUGUUUUGUGAGGUGUGUUGUAUUCUUAAACGGCGCGAUUGUAGAGAGAAACCAUGCCAUGCGGCGGAUCGCGGCGUGUGUUUUCUACCCCGAGGGUAGUGUCUGGCAUCUGGGUAGGCGGUUAUUGUAGGCGGUCGCCGCCGCCGGUGCUUGGUAGCUCUUUGGAAAAAGAGUGAACGAAAUCAUGUUUGCGGGAGCACACGGCACUUCCUUCACCCGCCUAAAAGAAUGAUCAAGAGGUCAUGAGCCUGGUGUUUGAUUGCAAGGAGGGGGUGUGCCAGUUGAACGUGCGGUGUACGUCACCCCUGGCAUGGCUUUUGACGCCCAACAUCAUCUUAAGGGAAGCACGCGGACGCUCUUGAUGGUUGGUCGGGGGGUGGUCCUACGGUUAGCAAGUGGGGUUGGAGGUGGAAGAGUCGUAUUUAAGUUUUGAAAGGAACAUGGUCACAAGUUCAUGGACAACGGCGGCGCCGUAGUUGAUGCCUGAGGUAGACAGCAAGUUAGACUGAUUGUUUUUUAUGCAACGGAUGUAGUUUUGAGCAAUACAUAUAUCUUGUGCGGAAUGAGAGCACGAUUUAGGCGAUGUGCCCAAAGAGACAGGGGGUAUGGAGGGCUGGCAUUGUAAAGUGACCCCCCCCGCCGAUUGAAUGUUGUUAUUAUGUUUUUUCCGCACGUUUCUCAGAUGCGCAGGCGGAGCCAGCCGUGGAAUAAAAAAUUGUUCCCUACAACUAGCUAGCUACAAAGGUGUCUCGUUGAGAGAAAUUAUGAAAACGCUUGGCCGUGUUUGUUGAGAGUCACAGGGCUGGCUGUGGAAGUGCUUGGCCGUGUUUGUUGAGAGCCACGGGGCUGUAUUUUUUUGUUUUCGUCACCCCGGAAGGAGAGCGGAGGUUGGAACGGGAUGCUUGACUUGAGUGAUAGGGGGCGAUUUUUUUUUUUUUCUCUGUUUUCCUCUCUUCGAAGACAGCACUCUUUAUACACUGCAGGUGGUUGUCUGCGAUCGAUCCUGCACCGAAGAUUUUGUAGCAAGAGAAAGAGUCAUCGUUGUCCGGGGCGGGGAUGCUGCUCGCUUGGUUGUGGGGACUGGAGGUCGAGAUUUACAUUUGUUAUUGUUUUGUACCCGUUCGUGCGCCGUAUUUGAAGCUUGUGGGUUUACUGGUGGAAGUGUCGGCCCGCGCGCAAAAAACUCUUUGAGCAGGACUCAAGAGCCUUGCAGCGCAGCGUCUCUAAACGGUAGAGGGCACAGGCUGCUUGUAUUGCUAUGCCUAUCACA